GCCUGUUAAAACCGCGGCUCGCCAGCGCCCCGGAAGCUGCCCCUUCUCGGGGGUCAUGAUGGGCAGCAAGAUGGCGUCUGCCAGCAGGGUCGUUCAGGUAGUCAAGCCACAUACUCCAUUAAUAAGGUUCCCUGACAGAAGAGACAAUCCUAAACCAAAUGUAUCAGAAGUUCUACGAUCAGCAGGACUACCAUCUCAUACUUCUUCAAUUUCGCAGCAUUCUAAGGGAAGUAAAUCACCAGACUGGCUGAUGCAUCAGGGUCCACCAGACACUGCAGAGAUGAUAAGAACUCUACCUCAGAAAUACAGAAGGAAACUUGUGUCUCAAGAAGAAAUGGAAUUUAUCCAACGUGGAGGUCCAGAAUAAUCACUGAUAACGUGGCUCCUAUUUAUCAUCAGAUAAAGAAGAGUCUUUCUAAAAAAGGACUUCCAGAAUGACAAAUGAAAAAUUGUAUAUUAAACAACUUUAAUAAAUAUUCUGUAAAAAGAAAAAAGAUGAAGUAUAGGAAGUUUAGAUGGACACUUAUAUCUCCUAAUUUAUGUAUCUUGGUCAGCUUCUCUAUAAGCUUACCUGAUUGUUUAUAUACUUUAUACCUUAAUUAAAGUAUACAUUUUAAAAUGUUAGCCUAUUAACUUACUCUUGAUUAUCAAGUCUAACAGUGUUGAACUAUUGAAAGCACACAAUGUCUAGUGAACUGUCAAAGGCUUCCAGCAAUUUCACUUUUCUUUCAGUUUCCGUUUAAACAUAGAAUAUAUUUGGCAGAAUUGCAGCUUUCUAGGAGUAAUUUUCCUGAACUUGAAUGAGGAUCCGUGAAAUAAUAACUCCAUUAUUUGUUCUUACUUCUCAGUGUGUUUGCAUUCACAAAGUUACUGGAGUAUUACUGGCUUAUUAACAAGCAUAUCCGACUCUAAAUGAUAAAAAUAUACCCAUGGUAAAACAGGUGACUUUGUGGUAUUAAGACAGGGAGUUAACACAUAAUAUUGUAUGUAACCUGUAUUCAGAAAAGAAAUGCCAGAGUAUAAAAUGGAAAAUGGGAUAAACAUGAAUAUAGCAUAGGAAUACCAUUUGACCAGAAAUUGUAAUUUAUGGUUUCAGGGGGAUUAAGAAAGUCUUGUUCUUUGGUUUAUCUCUUUCUUUUGAUUGUGAUCAUGUGUACAAAUCCUGAUAAUCAUAAACUUUCUCAAACUUAAUUGUCUGAAAGUCUCAUAAAAUCAACCUAUUUACCUUAAGUCAAUUAAUAGAAUUUUGAUAGGGGGUCUUCCUGUGCCAAGGGUAUGUAUAAUUGUGAAAGUAAAGCCUCACAAAGUGAAAUAAAUUCUCUUCCAUACCUUUAAUGAUUUGUAGAAUAUGCUUUAAAGAAGUCAUCCCUAAUAAUAAGGGUAAUUCAUGAGUAAUAGAGUAGAAUUGUUGAGUACAUUUUUGUGUUUGCCCAGUUACAUAUGGAUUAAUCUUUAUACUUGGUUUUUCUGCUGUUUCAGAGUUGAUCUGCUUUUUGUGUAAAUUCUGUAUUGUGGCCUAUUAUAAAU